GGGGGGCGGGGGGAACUUUGCCGGGGAAGAAGGCGCAUGCGCGCGGCUGCAGCUGCGCGGCUGUGCUGUGCUGGGAGGAAGGCGUUGCGCGGAGUCUCCCCUGCGCGCUUCGUUUGUGGAUCGGGCGAAGGGGCAGAGCCGCCUCUCCCCGGCGGGUGCCGGCCGAGAAGAUUCCCUGCCUGCUUUUCCUCCUGGAAGUCUCCGGGCAGGGCUGAAAAAGCCUCUCUAGCUGGGCAUCCCGGGCGGGGCAGCAAGUUCAAAGACUGGGCUGCCCAGUCUCGCCUCCGGGGAGGCUCUUGGCUGAAGCCCGGACAGCUCCCUCCCGGGGAGCCAGAGGAUCUAAAGAAGCCCCGGUCUCUUUACCCCGAUCAGAGCCAGGGGCUUGUCUCCAAGGGUCGGUCCGAGGGAAGCUUAGCUCCGGAGGGGCCCCGCUGCUUGCCCUCUCCCCUCUCAUCAUCAUCCCUGAAAUGAUUUAAUCUUUGCCUUUGAUGAGAGGCUUCCAAACGGCGGGGACUUCUGGAGAAGCGUCUUUGGGAAAAACCUGGGAAAUACAAGAAUUCGCAGAAAGACUGGUGCGGUUUUGGGUCUGGAAGCCUUUGAGUUAAAUGGCUGCUGAACGGCUCGGAGGAAAGGGGGAUGAUCCCUCCUUAGAGAUGCUGUUUGGGGGAAUCCCUCAGGAAGAUCCAACUCGGAAGAGACGAUCAGAGACCAAAGUAACAUCGAUGUUAUCUUCUGGAACAUUGGUUGUCCGUGGUGGAGCCCUUGUUUUUCCAAGGAAGAAUUCCGUUUCCUUUGAGGAUGUCGCUGUGUUUUUCUCUGUGGAGGAGUGGACCCUGCUGGAUUGUGAGCAAAAGACUUUGUACCAAGAGGUCAUGCUGGAAAACGCAAAGAACGUGGCCUCCUUAAGUGACGGAUGGGAGAUGGAGAGUUCCGGCCAAGAGGCAGCAGCACCUUUGCCAAAAGACAAAAAAGAAGUUGCGGAAAAGUUUUCCGGAAAGCCACGUCCUUUGGAAAAAGUGUUAAAGGGGGAGCCGGGGAAAUGCUCUACUUUACCAUGUGCAGAUAUCAACGUCUUCUUAGCCAAAGAUGUUCACCCCAAAAGAGACGCGUGUCCAAGGUGUGGAAAAGUAGCCUCAGAUGUAUCAGGAUUAUGCAAUCGUUGCAGAAGCCACAUUGUAGAGAAACAGAAUGAAAGCGGAAAACGUUCCAGAAGGACCUUUCUCCUUACUUUAUGUCAGAGAAUACAAGGAGAAAAACCCUACAAAUGUCUGGUGUGUGGAAAAUGCUUCAAAGAUUUAAGUCAUUUUACUUCUCAUUAUAGGGUCCACACAGGAGAGAGACCAUACAAAUGCACAGUGUGUGGAAAGUGCUUCAAAAAUCCAAGUCAUCUUAUUUGCCAUACUAGGAUCCACACGGGAGAGAAACCGUACAAGUGCACCGAGUGUGGGAAACGCUUCACCGAGUCUCGUUCCCUCACUUGCCAUAAAAGAAUCCACACCGGGGAGAAACCGUAUGAAUGUAAAGAAUGCGGAAAGUGUUUCAAUCAGAAACAUAGCUAUACGGUUCAUAACCGAAUCCACACCGGGGAAAAACCUUACGUGUGCUUGGAGUGUGGGAAAUGCUUCACCGAAUCAAGUUCCCUCACUUGCCAUAAAAGAAUCCACACCGGGGAAAAGCCGUACAAAUGCACCGAGUGUGGGAAAUGCUUCAGCGAAUCAGGUUCCCUCGCGUCUCAUAAAACAAUCCACACAGGGGUGAAGCCAUAUGAAUGCCAGGAGUGUGGGAAGAGCUUCAGAGCUUCGGUGUUACUUGCUUCCCAUAUAAGAAUCCACACCGGGGAGAAACCAUAUAAAUGUACGGAAUGUAUCAAGAGCUUCCGUUCUGCAAAACACCUUAGUUUCCAUAAAAGGAAGCACACGGGGGAGAAACCGUAUAAAUGCCAGGAGUGUGGAAAAUGCUUCACUGAAUCAGGUUCCCUGACUUACCACAAGCGGAUCCACACCGGCGAAAAGCCCUAUAAAUGUCAGGAGUGUGGAAAGAGCUUCAGAGCUUCAAGUUUUCUUACCUCCCAUAAAAGGAUCCACACGGGGGAGAAACCGUAUAAAUGCAAGAACUGUGCGAUGAGCUUCAGUCAAAAUUAUCAGUAUGCUAUACACAACAGAAUCCACACCGAAGAGAAACCAUAUAAAUGCACGGAGUGCGGAAAGGGCUUCCACAAGAACAGUCACCUUACGUACCACAAAAGGAUCCACACUGGGGAGAAACCGUAUAAAUGCAAAGAAUGUGGAAAGAGCUUCAUUCAGAAAUAUCAAUACACCGAACAUAACAGAAUCCAUACUGGGGAGAAACCAUAUAAAUGCACGGAGUGUGGAAAGAGUUUUAGAGCUUCCAGUUUUCUCACUUCCCAUAAAAAGUUCCACGCUGAAGAAAAACCAUAUAAAUGCGUGGAGUGCGGAAAGCCCUUCACUAAUUCGGGGUCCCUUGCUAUCCAUAGGAGGAUCCACACUGGGGAAAAACCAUAUCAAUGUAAGGAAUGUGGAAAAAGUUUUAGUCAAAAACAUCAUUAUACUAGACAUAGCAGAAUCCACACUGGGGAGAAACCGUAUAAGUGCAUGCAGUGUGGGAAAUGCUUCACUGAGUCACGUUCCCUUACUUGCCAUCAAAGGAUUCACACUGGGGAGAAACCAUAUGAAUGCGCCGAUUGUGGACGACGGUUUACUGAGUCCCGUUCUCUCACUUCCCAUAAAAGGAUCCACACUGGGGAAAAACCAUAUAAAUGCCUGGAGUGUGGAAAGAGCUUUAGAGCUUCAAGUUCUCUCACCUCUCAUAAACGGAUCCACACUGGAGAAAAACCCUAUAAAUGCAAGAACUGCUCCAAGAGCUUCAGACAAAAAUAUAAUUAUACUAUUCAUAACAGAAUCCACACUGGGGAGAAACCUUAUAAAUGCAUGGAGUGUGGAAAGAGCUUCCAUUCUCAAAAACUUCUCCCCUCCCAUAAACGGAUCCAUACAAGGGAAAAAACAUAUCGGGGCAAGAAAUGUGACAAAAGGUUCAGUCAAAAACAUCAUUCUACUGAACAUAACACAAUCCGCACUGGGGAGAAGCCAUAUCGAUGCACGGAGUGUGGAAAAUGUUUCACUGAAUCCGGGUCCCUCACUUCCCAUCAAAAGAUCCACACGCAUGAAAAAUCAUAUAAUUGUAUGGGGAAUGGUAUUUACUCAACAUCGGUGCCCGUAUGAGCAUAGAAAAAUUCAUUCAAGAGUAACCCAUAAAAACCGACUGGAAUUG